CGACGUUCCUUACCGAUUGCUGCUCUCGUUCUGACCUGGGAUCCGAUCUUUGUGGGCUCGCCAGCCACGCCUCAGGGCCGUGCGCAACGUAGCCAACCAAUCCAUCGUCUCAGCCUCAGCUGGUCUCUUCUGCUUCAACGCUUUCUGUUCCGCCAAGUCGCAGGAGUCCGACUGUCUUAAUCUCGCUCGCCCUGCUUGAGGCUUGAGGCUUUGCUGUUUUAUAAAACCUUUGAAAUGCGCGUGUACGAGGGUACCGCGCAGUUGUAUACUAUACCGUCGAUAUUCAGUCUCAGCAACGAUGUAUCGGUCGAAUCUAUCCUCGCUGAAAUCCCUUUCUUCUCGGUGGGACUUCUCGCGUUCGGCGUCCUGACCUUCUUCCUGGUACUAAGACGGCUUACAAUACCUUCCGUCUACCUCCUCUCGUCGGCACUGAUCGCUUUUGUCGCCGGCGUGCUCGACCUCGGCCAGAUCCUCGCUCGCGGCGUCGUCAACACUGACCUCGGCACGGACAUGGCGUCCGUCAAGCCGCUCAUCAUCGUCCGCGAGUUCGGCUUCGCCAUCUCCAUCGGCCUCCGUUUUCUCUUCUUUUGGACGUUCGUCGCCGAGUGCCCGUCGAAGGAGGAGCAGCCCGACGAGGAGGGACUGCACAGCGGGUCGUGGGAGCGUUGGGGGCUCGUCGGGCAAGCCAUGAAGUGGAGUCUGCUCCUGCUCGCGAACGCCAUCCCGAUCAUGCAGGUGGUGUGGAGGGUGGACAGCGCAUUCUCCGAGUUCGGCCCGCUGUACGACACCGAGUCGGCGGUGGAGAUCGUCGCGUCCGCGCUGUUCAUCGCGAAGCUGCUGCUCAACGUAUCGAUAUCGCCCGUCAAGCCGCGGUGGAGAACGCUGAGGCGCUACGCGGCUGUCAUCCUUGCCCUCUCGUUCAGCCUGGCCAUCGCCAUCGGGAACGUCGUUUAUUUCGCGUUCUCGGAGACCGUAUUGGGACGGUUUCUGCAGGCCAUAGAACUCUAUAUCCUGAUCCUCUACAUAAUGAUCGUCACCUUCUACGGCGAACGCAAAUCUGACGGCUCCGAACGUCCGGACUCCCCUUCGUUCAAGGGCCUCCCCGUCUCCAUCCAACGCGGAUCGACCUUCAAACUCUCACCUCCGAACGUCUCCACUCCCAGCCUCGCCACCGUCGUGCAUGACCCAGCGCAGCCGGACACCGAUAUGAGCACGCAGAUGCACUCCAUGUCGCAGUCGGAUCCGCGCCCUUCCCGGCCGUCGCUGCUCUCGCGCGCCUCCUCCGCGUCGCGCAUAUCCGCCUGGAUGGCGCUCAACAGCAUGAAGGUCACCACCCGCUUCCGCUCCGCCGACGACCAGGACCAGGACGACCGCGAGCGCCUACGCUACCCCGGCACCGACGACGACGCGGAGAAAGGCGUCUCGCCCAUCGCGGAGCGGCGGUCGUCCUAUGGGAGCCCGACCGAGCCGAAGGAGAGCGCGCAGUGGCGCGACCCGGUCUACACCUCCGUCCUGUACGACAGCCCUCCAGAGAUGGGCGACCUCGCGACCGCGCAGCCGUUCGUCGCGCCGCCCGCGAACCGCACCUCGCUCGUCGAAUCGGACGAGCUCGACCCGGACAUGGGGCCCUCGCGCCGCGCGUCCGCCGCGCUGGUGCGGGACGACUUCCUCAACAUCUCCCCGUCGCCCGCGCCGACGACGACGACGUCCAUGGCAGCCACGACGGCGAGCGGUCGCCGCGACUCAGCCUCGGCUACCGCGAUGCCGGACAUGCUCGCGCCGCCACGCCUCGACACCGGCGCCGGUGCCGCGGGCGCGCGCGCGUCCACCGACUCCCCGACGCCGAUAUACGGCAUGAACGGCCCGCUGCCGCUCCUGCGCACAACGGCGCGGCCGACGACGGCGCUCAGCGAGAGCGUGUACUCCCCGCGCUCGUCGGCGGGGAUGGACAGCCUGUUCCGCCACCAGGAGGAGCUCGACCGGAGCAUCGCGCAGCUGCGGCUGUUCGACAGGCACACGCGCGAGCUUGGCGGGAUCAGCGAGGGCGUGGAGGGGUCGGGCGAGGGCGGGUCGGGCGAGGGCGGGAGCUCGUCGCGCUCCAAGGUCGAGUCCGAGGUCCCGAGCACGUUCUCGCUCAGCAAUUUCCCGGAGCCGCCGUGGGAGAGGAAGUCGCGGGAGAAAGACGUGGAGGAGGUCGAGGAGACGGAGCCCGAGUCGGGCGAGGUGACGGCGAGGCGGUUCAUCCCGAGCAUCGCUUCCGACGAGCCUCUGCCGCUUCCCCGGAUGCCCAUAGUGGACGCGGAGCACAAGCGCCAGUUGUCGGAUAUGCCGCUGGAGUACCGGGACAGCUUGGACGGCGAGGGGGGUCCGCCCACGAGCCGAAGCCCCAAGUUCGACUCGCAGGGCACCCAGUACGACGUCACGUCGUUCAUCGGCACUCCGAACCACUUUAAGAACGACUCCUCGUCCUCGUCCGCAGCAGGCUCCGUCAUCCUCGCCACCGCCGCCCGCACCUCCGCGCGCCCCGCGCGCUCCGUCUACAUCACCACCCCGACCCAAAACCAAACCGCAGGACCUUCCCCUCUCCAUUCGCAAUUCUCGCCCACGUCCCCCUCAUCGCGCCCGGCGAAGGCCCGGGCUAACCGCCAGCCGCAGACGUCUGACGCCUCCUCGCAGGCACGGAGCAGCCCGCUGCCGUUCAACGUCCGUCGCGGGGGCAUGUUCGCCGCGCGCUCCGGUAAACCCGCCGGGCCCGGCCUGCCGUCGAACCCUCGCCCGAAGCCGGUGAUCAGUGGCCCGCGCCCGAUGGCCCCUCGCGAGUCGACCGACUCGCAGAUAUUCGAGCGCCCGCGGCCGCCCCCGCUCUUGCUCCAGUCCCAGACGGGCAAGGGCAAGGGCAAGGGCAAGGGCAAGGGCAAGGAGGUCCUGCUGUAUUUGUACUACUACCGCGAGUGCAUCAUCAGUGCCGUGAAGGACUCGUAUGUGGUUGCCAAUCUGUCUAGUGCACCUGAUCACCUCGACGACUCAGAUCUUCCCUACGAGGCGUCGAUCUCCGUGGCGUACGACGGAAGUUCUAAUGCCCUGUGCCAUGCGAUUUCACGUAUCGCGGAACAAGGAAUCGACGUCGGAUUGUAG